CCGUGGCGUGAUGAAACUAUAAAGAAUUAUCAGUCACACCAACAGAACGUGAAAUAAUAUCACAGACAGAUCGUUUCGCGCAAACCGAUACACAAAACGACAGUUAUCAGCACGACUUCCGACUUAUACCAAUUUUUUGCUAAUCCCCAUAAAAACCUCCACCGUUUUUUCAUUCUACAUACACACCACGAUUCUCCAAACCCUCGAUUCUCGUUUUUUUUUCUAAUUCCCAAGCGCGGCUCCCUUCUCCGGCGCCGAUGGAGACGUCGUCGUCCUUGCCGGCGAUUUUCCCUUCCACGGAUGAAAUUACGGAAGAGGCGGAAACCGUUAGUCUCGUUAGAGUUUCGAGUUUACCUAGUGGUUUUUCGAGCCAGCAGAGGAGGCGGAGAGUUGGCAACAAUACGGCGUCGUCGUUGGGGGCUCUACCGCGUCGUCAGCAGUUCAGCCGUGAGAUCGGCCAUGCCGCGGCGGAGACUUAUUUGCUCACUCGCCUCAGCUUCAAGCUGCUUACCUAUCUCGGGGUAGGCUACCGGUGGAUAACAAGACUGCUAGCCCUUGCUCUUUAUGCCAUGCUGCUUAUGCCUGGAUUUCUCCAAGUUGCAUAUGAUUAUUUCUUUUCGAGCCAAGUCCGUCGAAGUGUUGUUUACGGAGAUCAACCAAGAAAUAGGCUGGAUUUAUAUUUACCUACAAACACUGAUGAAUUGAAGCCAGUGGUGAUAUUCGUAACUGGUGGAGCAUGGAUUAUUGGGUACAAGGCGUGGGGUUCUCUCUUAGGAUUACAUUUGGCAGAAAGAGAUAUUAUUGUGGCAUGCAUUGAUUACAGGAAUUUUCCACAGGGGACAAUCAGUGACAUGGUUAACGAUGUUUCCCAAGGAAUUGCAUUUAUUUGCAACAAUAUUAUUGAAUUUGGAGGAGAUCCUAAUAAGAUUUAUCUCAUGGGUCAAUCUGCCGGAGCACAUGUUUCUGCAUGUGCUCUUCUACAGCAAGCAGUAAAAGAAUCCAGAGGCGAGAGCAUUUCUUGGAGCAUGUCUCAGAUAAAUGCCUAUUUCGGUUUGUCCGGAGGGUACAAUUUACUAAAACUAGUCGAUCAUUUCCAUGGUCGAGGAUUGUAUCGCUCCAUCUUUUUAAGUAUCAUGGAAGGGGAAAAAGGAAUGGAACAAUUUUCUCCCGAAAUUAUUGUACAAAAUCCCGGCAUAAGUAGUGCAGUUUCUCUGCUGCCACGUAUUAUUCUGUUUCAUGGUACCUCAGAUUAUUCCAUACCAUCUCACGCAAGUAAAAUAUUUGUGAAUACACUCCGAAAAGUGGGGGCUCAAGCUGAUCUCAUCUUGUACGAUGGCAAAACUCAUACCGAUUUAUUCCUCCAAGAUCCUCUAAGAGGUGGUAAAGAUGAACUUUUCGACUAUUUGAUUGGCUUUAUACACGCUAAUGACAAAGAAGCUCUUGCUAAGGAUGCUAUGGCUCCUCCGCGAAGACGUUUUGUACCAGAAAUACUGCUCAGAUUAGCCGGCAAAGUCAGCCCUUUCUAGAAAUCGAAGCUUCGAAAUCGGGUCCCACUACUUCUUUAUAUAUUCAGCUUGUAUGAUAGAACUGAUUUUGGUUUUGUUGCUAUGUUAUUUUUUUCUUUUGUUUGUGUUUUAUUUAUUGUUUACUCCAAUUGUUUCUUAGUCCCAUGCUGCUUCUGCUACUUUCGUUGAUUCAGUUUUUGUAUAAUUGGCUGAAAUCUUAAAA